UUUAGCAAGAAUAACGGAGAGUGUAAAGAAGAUUGAACAAGAACGAUGUUGUGAUGAAAUAAUGGAUCAAAGUUCAUCUGAUGUCCUUGCACAAUUCUCGGAAAUUUUUAUUCACAACAAGGGCGACGAACAUUCAGAGAAUUUGAAUGAAGUGUACGGUUCUGAGAUUAUUCAGGGUUAUUGUAGUGUUGUGGCAAAUUGUGCUUACGCUGAAUGCAUCAACUUCUUAAAAUUGAUAUCUUUGCGCAAAAAGAUACUUAAUGAGUAAGUGGUUUAUUGUAUACGGUAUACAGUGGCGUAACUCCUAUGAGCUCUACCCGGUAAGAGCCGGGGGCACCCAGGCUAUCGGGCUUCCAGAGGGGCACCCUGAACUGAGUUGUCCGGGAUCCUCGUUCAUCUAAGGUUGUAUGUGCAUACAGUGGCAAACAUUUCAGUGUUUAUGUCAAAAACAAUUUCUGCAUAUGUGUUAUUUUAGAGUUGUGUUUUUUGUAUUUUGCUAUAUAUUUAUAUUUCCAGUUAAAGAAACCAUUAAAAUUCGCUUCUAAACUACUAGCAAAUGUUAAUAUUGUCAGAGCUUCAUGGUACUUCAAAAGGAUCUAUAAGGUCCCCCUGCCUUGGAGGCACCCAAUUCCGGUAGGACCAGGGGCAGUUUGGUCCAAACUUACGCGCCUGACGGUAUAUUCAAUGCAUAUUAUUGAAAUGAAACACUUCAUAUCACAUAUCCAAAUUGUCGAAUUCAAUAGCUUAAAUUAUGCACAUGCAAAAUUUGACGUCUGGAACAAUUAAGUUUGACGUUUCUAAUUACGGUCGACCGUAACUUUAAAUUGACCAGUGCGGUCGCGUUAUGCGAGCAACGUUCGACGUGGCAACGUUUGUGACAACUGGCUUAAAAGAAGUGCAUGGGCUUUCUUUAGCAUGUAAUUUAACCAACAAAUUUAUCGCACCUACACCAAACACGUAAGAUUAAUGGCCUAAUUUACUUUUCAGAACUAGUCUUCCUAAUUCAGACGUGAAAUGGAAUCAAAGGUUGAUGGGUUAUUACGAUUUUUGUGUUAAAUAUCUUCGUGAAAUCCCAUUAAAUACAGCAGUGAUACAGUACAUUCUUCAUUGCGGUCAGGUAAAUUCAUAUUAUGUAAUUAUGAAGGGCAUGCUGCUCAAACGUCGGAAGCACACUUAACUCAGGGAUAGUUUGGAUGUUUUUUCCAUCUUCUUGUAUGACCAUUUUUCAAUACCCGAUUGUACUCCUAUCAUGAACUGUUAAAUGCCAAUAUUUUAUUUAUUUUUCUUUUUGAUUGAAAUGCUGCAGGAUGAACAUGGCUAUUUGUCAGUACUUAAAAUAGCAGACGAUAAUAUUUUUUGUAACCUAACGGAAAAGCAAUACCAAGAAAGGAUCGUGGAGUCAAAUGUAAGUCUUCUUAUGGUAAAAUUGAGUUUGUAAGUUUGCAUGCUGUUGCAAUGACAAAUGGGGUUGUGAUAAUUUGUAUCGAUAGGUGUAAUACAAUAAUUAGUCAACAUGGCACAAGCACAUUUCAAUGGUCAUUAAAAAUCGUCUUAUUUCAUCUUCAGAUGAAACAUUACGAAAGAAAAUAAGGUUUUGUGAUGUUUUUGUUUCUCGACAUCUUUUCUCGUGCGUGCUAAUUAAGAUAAGGUUCCGUUUACAUGAGAGCGGGACGAAGUCAAACCGGGACCAUUUCGUUUCGGUCAUAGUAUUAUUUAUAACAGAUGUUUACAUGAGGCCAGAACGAAAAUAAAUUAGACCAUAGUUAAUAGAAGAGAUGGUUUGGAAACUCGUUAAGGCCUGAUUCCACGAGCGCUUUUUCUCGGCGAAAUGCGAAAUAUUUCGCCUGUUUCUUUUGAAUUGCGACUACUCAAAUAAAUUAUUUCUACUUGAUUGCUCACAAUUCAAAAGAAACAGGCGAAAUAUUUCGCAUUUCGCCGAGAAAAAGCGCCCGUGGAAUCAGGCUUUUAGAAUAACGAUAUAACUUAUUAUCAAUGUUAGUCAACGUUUAUUCAUAAAUCUGGUUUUUUAUCGUCACGUGUUGCCCAAAUAACCAAUAGCAAUGCUUUAGGACUCGAACAAUAGGGUAAAUUGGAAAUUGCUAUUGGUGGAUUUGGCAAAAAUACAAUACACACGUGACGGUGAAGGAACAACACAUGCUAACAAGAGCCAUCUAAAAAAAUAAAAUUGCCUGGCAAGGGGAACAAAUUGAAAAUUUUGUGAUUUUCGUAACUGUCUCAUAUAAACAUGCUGACAUUUCAAUUUUCAUUCCAGUUUGACUUCGUCCUGAUUUAAUCUGAACAGGGCCUUACGUCUCUAUUCUAAAAGUUCACUCAAACUCAAAGAGUGAAGCUUCAAUCUGAGCUUCCCUUGAGUGUCAGUGCUGUUUUUAAAUAGCUGGAGUGUUAGUCUCUCGUAAAGUAUACAGUCAAAUAUAGGAAGAUCCAGCUAUUUAUAAACAGCACUGACACUAAAGGGAAGCUCAGAUUGAACCUCCACUCUUUGGGUCGGCACGAAGCUCUAGGAAGAUUAUGACAAUGACAAAAGAAUAAGCUAUAUAGAAUGGAUUUUCUAAAGAACGAAGCAAAUGAAAUAGUCACAGAACUUACUGCACUCUUUGAGUGUCAGUGUGAGUGACCUUAGAAUACAGAGUUAUAAGUCUUUCUGAAAUAUGCAAAUUGUGAAUGCGUUUACAUAAGACCAGACAUGCACAACAUUCCUUUGGUUUCGCUUGUUCACACAGUAAUUCGUACGAUAUACUGUAUAUUCAUGUUUAUAUCUUGCAAUUAUUAUACUUUUCAGGUCUCGUGUCCCUUACCAAACAACAGUUGCUUUGUGAAAACGUUCGAAGCAUUGUCUGUCAUUCCGACACAACAAUACUCCACGACUGAUAAAAAACAAGGUCAAGUACGACUGGUGGACGUGAACGAGAAAAUUCUUGAAUAUAAUCACUUGAACACCUUCCUUUGGCUUCAUAAAAAUCGCUUUGCAAAUCUGGACUCCACACGAUUGUAAGAAUCUAAGCUAAAUUAAAUCACACGACAAGUACCGUAGUACAAAACACAGGCUAUAGGACAAGUGCGAUUUGUCUCGACUCGAAUUACAAAUUGUUAAAUAAAAACCAAAAGGGAAUCACUAUUAAUAAUACAGUGAAGUUAUAUGCUGUCUUGUUUAGUUGUUUCAUAUACGCAAAGGGCCAAAGGCCGUCGGGUUUUAAAGCAAUUAUAAAAUCAAUAUUUAAAACAAGCUUACCUUCGUUAACGUCCGCUCCCUUCUUUUAGCCGAUUCUUUUGCCCUUUCUUUACGAGAAAGCUUUUGAAAUUUACAAAAUCUUGCAAAUAUGCGAGCAAAAAUGAAAUAUAUUUGCAAGAAAAAUAUCAAUCAUCAAAUCAAGAAAUGUUUGCUAUUUCGCUGUCGUCAUGCAGUCGUUAUAAUGCAAACUUUAAAUUGGACCAAUCAGUGUCCGCUAUUCAUGACAGUCCGCCAUAUUUUUGAGAUCAGUGAGGGUGACCCCCCACCCAACACCCCAACAUCGUUGGUAAGCGCCCGCGAUAAUUGAUGAACUUUCGACUUCGCUAAUGCUUUCGUUUCCCCGGGUGUAAAUAGCCGGAGGAGGGGAAUUAGUACCCUCGCACGGCGCUUCGCGCCGUCGGCUCGGGGAUGAACAAGCUUUCUAUAUCAUCAUUCGGGGAUGAACAAGCUUUCUAAAAAAAUAUAAGGAAAAUUUCGAAUAACUCCAGACGAAGAGCCGUCGCUUGAAACGCCGAAUUUCUCCUUAUAUUUUUCUGGUUGUUGCAUCCCAGCCAACGAAAGCUUGUUCAAUGUAGCUAACCACCGUGAAAACAACAUCCCAUCUGCUGUCUAAUUGCUGAUUUUUUCUCCUUUAGAUCUAUUAGCCGCAAAUCAUUCAUGCUAGCCUUCAUUCGUUUAAUUCAUUGUUCAAACAGUAUCACUGAAAUCCAAGAUUGUCAUUCAAUGUAUAGUGACUUCCUUAGCUUCUCAAAGUUUGAAAAAGAAACUUUGGAAAAGCAUAUUGAUAAUAUCAAAGGACGUUAUGGCCGCCUAGACGAGAGUUUAGAAGACUUGUUUGUUCAAAUACGCAAACAUCUGGGAUUAAUCGUUAAUACAGAUGUACUAACAGGUGAGGUGCAUACUAAGUAUUGUUCCGGCUUGAAAUAUUCAUGUACAAGAAACCCUUAAAGUUUGACUAACGCCAAAUAUAAUUUUUGGUAUUUGUAAUAUUUGGGUCAUUCUAAGAAGAAAUGUAAUGUAUUUUUAUAGUAAAAAACCUCAUCUUGUCAACUUUUUCCCUGUCAAAGUUUCUAGAUAUGAUAUCAUUAGGUGAAUUUUUGGUACAAAAAAACAAAGGAAAAUUAAUUUGUAAUUCAUCUAAUGACAUCAUAUCCGGAAACUUUGACACUGAAAAAGUUGAUCAAGAUGGGAUUUUUUAUUGUAAAGAUAUAUUAUAUUUCUUCUUCGAAUGACCCAAAUAUUAUACAUACAAAAAAUCAUAUUUGGGGUUAGUCACACUUUUAUAUUCUGUUCUGUUGAGCGAAAUACUCUUAUGCCAUACACUGGUAUGAUUAUGUGGCACUAGCAGGCUCUUUUUUUUUUUUUUUUUUAAUUAAUGUUUAAUUUCAGGAAGCUUUCUCACAAAGCGAUUUUCAGGAAGGUCCUGAACUAAAUAAACUAUUAUACAAGGAAGACAUGCAUAUACUACAUAACUAUGAAAAAUAUUAAAAAAUUAUACGAGGGAAUUAAAGUUCAAAGAUUGCUAAAAAAGUUUCUCUUAAAUGUAGAAAUACAACUAGAUAGUCUUGUCUUUCUGUCCAAGUUGUUCCAGUCUGUUAUGGCCUGAUAAGCGAGUUUUUGCUUUCCCCAAUUCCUUGACACUUUAGGUGGCCUUAAAUUGUCCUUAUAUCGCGUAUUGUAGUUGUGUAUUUCUCUGUUCGCUAGAAGUUCAAAUCCGUGUGAAGUAUGAUUAUUUAGACACUUAAAAACAAAUAAACAUCUAUGAUACAAUCUGCGUUGUUCAAGAGUGGUCCAGCCUAAAGUGUUUAACGCGUCUGUUGCCGAUGAAAAAUAUGGUCUAUCUAAAACAAUCUUGGCGGCUUUGUUCUGGAGUAUCUGAAGAUUGUUAAUUAACACUGUAUUAUUUUUGUCUCCCCAUAUAACAUCCGCAUAGUCAAAGAUUGGGAGUACGAGACUGUUAUAAAAAAGGAUUCGUGCAUAAAUGGUAGCAGGUGUUUAAUCCUACGAAGUAGACCUAGACGUUGAUUGACUUUAGCGGAAAUGCGAUCUAUAUGUUCUGACCAGGUGAAGUUGGCUGUGAUGGUGACUCCUAAGUACUUGAAAUUGCUGGCGUUGGAGACUUCAGUAUUGUUGACAGAGACAGAUAUCGAAGAUAUGUUACAUAACUUCCUAUCGCUGCCUAUAAUCAUUGAUCGAGUUUUAUUUAAAUUCAGUGUCAGCUUAUUCUCAUUUAACCAAAUCGCUAACUUGAGUAAAUCUUCAUUAAGAUUUUUUUCAAGAUCAUUGACAUCUGAGGCGUAGCAAUACAAGACUGUGUCGUCGGCAUACAAGGAAACAUUGCAUUUAUUGUUAAUACUGGGCAGAUCGUUUAUGUACACGAGAAAGAGAACUGGGCCCAAAAUGCUCCCCUGGGGUACUCCAAAAGUGACAGGAAGAGCGUCUGACAAUUCACUUCCACAAGACGUUUGUUGCAUCCGGUUUCUCAGGUAGGACUCAAACCAACCUACGGUGCUAGAUGACACACCCAUCGCUUUAAGUUUGUGGAGUAAGAUGCUGUGGUCCACUGUAUCGAAUGCCUUCGACAAAUCUAGAAAUACAGCUCCACAAAGCCUUCCACAUUCCAUGUUACUCAGAGUUUCAUCCGCAAAGUUGGUCAGGGCAGUGAUGGUUGAGUACCUUUGUUGAAAUCCAAACUGCUUGCUUGUGAGCAAGUUGUUAGUAAUUAAGUGGCUAUAAAAUUGCGAGUGAACGGUUCUCUCUAAGAUCUUACUUAGAGUAGGCAAGACCGAGAUAGGACGAUAGUUUGUAGGAUUGGAACGUUCACCUGAUUUAAAUAAGGCCGUGACCUUAGCACAUUUCCAAAUCUUUGGGAAAUGGUUGCUCUUGAUGGAAAGAUUAAGUAAUCUUGUUACAGACUUGCUGAUUGAACAAGACGCACAUUUUAACAGUCUUGCGCUUAUUUUGUCCAAACCGAUAGCUUUGUUGGUCUUCAAAGUCUGGAGUUGUGCAAGAACAUAGGAUUCUUGUACUUCUUCGAGCUCAAACAUUGUUUCCGGGACAGGAGUGGGACUUGCUGUAAAUGUUUGUGAGACAGUUGUAAACUUUGCAGCUAAGGAUUUUCCGACUGAGGCGAAAUAAGUGUUAAGGGCAAUGGCAAUAGAUUUGGGGUCUGAGUGUUUUACUCCAUCAGUGACAAUGUACUGCGGGGUGGAGCUCUUGUUAUCGCGUGACGAAACUUCGUUAACCGCCUUCCAAAUCCUGCUGGAGUCACCUUUACUUUGUUCAAUUAGCUCGCAGUAGUAUUUGGACUUGGCCGAUUUAACUUCUUUAUUAACAAAGUUUCUCAAUUUUUUGUACAUAUUCCAAUGAUAGGUUUUGUUUGACUUUACGGCUUUGCGAUGAUGGUAGUCGCGAUCUUGCGUAGCUUCGCUAAUCUUACUGUUCAUCCAGGGUACUUGUGUGCCUUUUACACGACGACGUUUGACAGGUGCAUGGGCAUCGGCGAUGUCACAGAACAAUUUAUUCCACAUGAGUACUGCACUGUCAAUGUCGCGUUUAUUUUCGACAACGUGCCAAGGUACAUUAUUCAUGUCUUGAAUGAAAGUAUUUGCAUUAAAGGACUUGUACGAGCGGUAUUCAAUUGUUCUAGGGGGAGCCUUUUUCACACCUGAUUUUACUACACAGUAAACUAAAGAAUGAUCACUCAAGGAUAACGAAACUACACCGGAGUCGACAAUACGAUGUUGAUUAUUGACGAAAACCAAAUCAAUCAAUGACCGAGUGGUGCUAGUUAUUCUAGUUGGCUCUGUUAUAAUUUGAGACAUAUCCACGGAACGUGCAAAGUUCAUAAGUUUUUGCUUAUUCUGUUUGCAGCCAUUAUAUUGAUCUACGUUGAAAUCACCUAAUAAAAUCAAUUCACAUUUAUCCAGAUCUAUCUUAGACAAGCAAUCUUGAUGUUCCGAGAUAAAUCGUGCACAGUCUUGGUCUGGAGGUCUAUAAAUGCAGCAUAUCAGGAGAGGCUUGCAAUUCUUACGAAUGAUUUCGACCCAUGUGCAUUCAUUAUCUGCAGUAUUAAGAUCGCCCCGAACACGAAAUUGCAGGCCAUCCCUUAGGUAGAUAACAGUUCCGCCGCCAGACUUAAGACCAUGUCUAUCGCGUCUUGCGCACGAAAAUCCGGGUAGAUGUAUCUCAGAGUUUAAGAUUGUUGAGUCUAGCCAGGUUUCUGAUAAGGUAAGAACAUCCAAUGAGUUCACGCUUAACACUUCAAGGCGGAUUUGGUCGAUCUUGUUUCGUAAGCUGCGAACAUUUAAGUGAGCAAUCUUUAGGCCCCUAUUUUUCUUGAUGUCAUUUAAAAAUUUGAAGCCGGGGUUAAGUUCUAUAUCCCCAGAGAGGGCAAUUAGUAUCAUAGCCAGUGAGGCACGUUGGAAAAGUUUACAUGUCAAGAGGAUGGUUUGAGAUAGUUUUGCACCCUUCAGUUCAUGGGUCACCUUUCGAACGGAAAAUGCUUGAAUUUCAGGUUUUGAUGCAGAUUGUGAGAUGAAGUAAAUAGCGUUAUCUUUAAAGGCAGUCUUGUUCCAAGGGCUGGGACGUUCAGAACUACUAAGGAUCACAAAGAAACAUAACACCAAGCACACAUUCGACGCAACAUAACAGACGUAUUUUGACGCCAUUAAGAGACAAUUAAGUUUAAGGGGAAAUCCCUGACACGCUAUAAUCCAAUGGUGGAAUAUGAUAUAGGGCCUAUAUAUGUAGUCAAAUGUUAUUCCAAAUGGCAAAGUUGACAAAACUAUACCAAAUGUAGCGAAUGAUAAAAACAAUAUAAAUCCAAAGUAUAAAAAUGUUUUGGAGUACGUAGAACCAAGAUACGCUGCCGUAAAGUUGUCGCCUAGGAACGCGACGUGGCAAAUUCAAAUUGAAAGCACCAACGGUCAAAAUAAUAAUAGUUUAAUAAAACACGAACAAGGUAACCAAAUGAGACCAAAUUAACACGCGAAAGUUAUAACACCGUUGGUAGAAUACGUAGCAAGUUACACACGAAUACGACAAAUAAAGCCAAAGAUAACGAGCAAUAUCCAAAAGUUCAGCUUCGCAGCAUGUGACACAACAACAAUGUACACAAUACGAUAAGACGAUCCAAAAUAACUUUACACCACAAUAUAAAUCCAAUUCCGGAAUACGAGAAAUAGAUCCACAAGAUCUUUAGCUUUAAUUUAAUAGAAUAUGUGGUUCAAAAGCUUCAAAAAAUACUUAUCUAUGCUUGAAAUAAAGCGGAGGUCUCUAGAGCGUAAUCCUAUCCUAGAGCGUGAAGUGUUAAUAGUGCUACACUGAAUUAUAUGGUUGAUAGACUGGUUCUUGCCUUUGGGUCUAUGGUGCAUUCUUACCGCUGCUCUCAGCACGUCACAAAUAUGUACAGCGUUCGCUCGAAAUUUGCAUUAUUCUUACGAAAACCCCUUCUGUUCUAGAGAGGGAGAUGCCCAAAAUUUAGAUAAUUUAAGGCUUACAAUGAAGGCUUGAUCUGUAAGUAAUGUUUACAAUACGAGCGGCCGUGUUGUAUUGAAUAUACAAUCACGAGCGCUGCGCGCUCGUGAUUGUAUAUUCAAUACAACACGGACGCGAGUUGUGAAAUUCUAUUCAUAUGCAAACUAGUUACAAACACUCAUGGUUGUAUCAGAAGAGUUACAACCACUAUAGUGUUUGUAACUGAUUAGCAUUUUCAUGAUUUCAUUUGUAUGGGGUUUACAAGGUAUACAUAUGAUGUUAUAUUUGAAAUUUGAUUGGAUGCAAACCUCAUUAAUUAUUCAUGAAUUUCACAAACACUAUUACACUCGAGUAUUUAUCUAUAAGUUUCAAAUGCUAAUGCAUCAAGUUGGUUGGAACCAAAAUUUUUGUUAAUCUUAUCUGACAGUAAAACGGAAAUCUUAUCUUACAGUAAAACGGAAACAAACAAACAAACAAACAAACAAACAAACAAACAAACAAACAAACAAACAAACAAACAAACAAACAAACAAACAAACAAACAAACAAACAAACAAACAAACAAACAAACAAACAAACGAUAACAAACAAACAAACGAUAACAAACGAUGGAUAACAAACGAUGGAUAAACGAUGGAUAACAAACGAUGGAUAACAAAUUAACGAUGGAUAACAAACACAAGGAUAUUAAAGGGUGACUAUUUUACAACAACAGAUUGCUGGGAUAAACUUGGACGGUGCUGGGUAUACUUGGGUAUGAUCCAGUCAAAAUUACUACGGCCUGUUGGGAAUGUAGACCCAGUUGAAGAAACAAAUGUCAAGGUUGAUAGUAUCAAAAGUGAGGUGAGUUUUGAAUGUUAAACUAGCUUAAAUUGCUAAGUAAUUGGCCAAAUACUUAGCAGGCAAACAAUAAAAGGCAGGGGUCGGUUGUUGAAAGGUGAGUUAGCGCUAACCCUUGGUUAAAAUUUAACCAGCUGAUUUAGUUUAUGUAUUUUUGCACGUCUGUUUAUUUCACAACUUCCUACUGAUUCAGACACGAUCUCUGAAGAAAUAUUUCCAAAUUUAUAAACAAGUUGUUGGGAGUUUGCUUUAAAUUAACCUAUGGUUAAACUAACCCAGCUUUGAACAACUGGCCCCUGAUGAUUAAUUGAAGACGUGCUAAUGUACCAAAGAUUAGUUUUGAUUAAGCUGCAUAGCUUAGCCUAGAUGUCCUUUGAUAGUUAGAACACAAAACUCAACUUCCAAGCACAAAAAGCACAAAGGAUUUUCAGUGUGAAGAUAGGUUCACCUAGUAGCUAGUCUUCAACUAGACCUACAUAAGGACCACAUUUAAAAAUUAUAGCUAUUCAAUUCUAAUGUAAAUAAUGUUACGAGGGAUGACGUUUACUUCAUCCACGACUACAAUCUUGGCCAUAAACCUUAGGACGAUGAUGCAUUUUUGUGCAUUUUUAAGGCCUUCCCCCUUCCCCCGAUCCAAUGUUGCCGUUUCGUCUACUUUUGUGGCUCUUCAAUUGAGGAAAACCAACAUUGAAAGGGGGAGCCGGGGCAGGUGCAAUAUGAUUUUAAAACCCAAGUAUAUUAAAAAGUUGCGAAUUUGUUUGGUCGUUCUACGAACAUUCGGCCAAGACUAGUUAUUACCCAUUUUUGUUGAACGUUUUUCUCUUUAGAUAAAAGAUUUGAACUGCGAAUUGAAAGUUCGGUUGCAAAAUGAGGAACUGUUGACAGGUAUCGAUAAAAAAAGAAGCCAAGUCAAUGAAUCAAUCGAUGUAGACAGUGUAUCAGACAGUGUGUCAGCCACACUGCAAAUUAAUCAAAGUCACGUGGAGAAUUUGGUUAAAUAUCGAACAUCGUUAAAGGAUAAGCUCUCAAAAGUUGGGGAUAAUAUUGCGUACAGGCCUGCUCCUUCUCAAGUAAGUAUUCCUUUAAAUGUCUGAUCAUAUUCGACUUUCUACGUCACUUUAUGAAGUCACUCUGUUGAAUACUCCAUACCUUACAUACGUAUGUUAAAAUUCGCAUCGUUCUCAUUUUCGCUCAGCGUUAAAUUCGCGUGAUUUAAUUUGGCACAACUUGUAGAGACUCAUUCGCGCAGCUUUAAAUUCGCGCAAGUGAUUUUCCGUGUUCGUUCUUUUUGGUUUGUUCAAUAGAACAAGUAUUUUUAAUGAGUAUUUUUUAGAAAAAAAUACUUCAAUAUUUGUCAGAACUUAAUAAAAAAGCGAUAAGGUGACCUCAAAAAUGGUUUCAAAAUUACGUUGUGUAUAAGCAAAAUUCAUGAUAGCAAUGCGUGAGUUUAAAAUACCAACAAGUACUAAACAUUUUCCUAAUACAAUAACACAAUACAAAUAAUAAUAAUGCAAAUCAGUUAAUUUAAAUCAACUAAGUGUCUCAUAUUACACCACAAAGCUUUUCGCGCGGAUUACAUUUGGCGCAGCGCUGCGCGAAUUCUAGUACUACGUGAAUUUUAAUACGAGUAAAAGGUAUUCGAAUUUUAAUACGAGUAUGGUCGAGUUGAUAUGACGAUUUCAAAGUUGGCUGUUAGUUAUUCAGAAACCAUGAAUAUUUCAACUAAAUAAUAAAAAUCUAUGCAUCGUUAUUUAUUCCCUCAGUUCCGAAAGAUAAUUGGCAUUCUUGGGCAUUUUUACGCUACAGUGGGACUACCCGACGUCCUGCUGGACGAAAGGAAUGUUGAAUCUAAAAUCAAGAGCAUCAGGAAACUUAUAUUGCAACUCCAGGAUUUUGUAGCUUAUCAGGACUUAUUAGCACCUUAUAUUUCUGGCUUAAUCCAGGUGGGUGGUUAGUCUUUAGGUGAUAAAGUAAUUAACUAAAUUACUAUUUUACUAAGUAAAGCAUUAAUUAACGUACUAUAUCACUGAACUCUUAAUUGGUUUACUCACUGAUGAACCAGUGUUUGCAAAUACACCCUUUCGAGUUUUGAUAAUUAUACGACGCAACUACACCGCUUUAAACUUAGGACCGUUUUAGAUGGAAAGGAUUUCAAGUUUUUUUCUCAUGGGCUAUGCACAGCAGAACAUCCUUCUUCAACACAUACGCGAAAAAAAUUUUGGAUUUGAUUUAACAGGAAAACAAGGAUUCAGGUCAUGACCUGGAGCCUCGUUUUCGUGUUAAAGCUUAUUUCCACAUUUAUUGGUCAAAAUAAAGAAUUAUUUUUCAUGUGUUGAAGAAGGAUUUUCUGCUUCUCUGUGCAUGGCCCAUGAGAAAAAAACUUGAAAUCCUUUCCAUUUAAGGUGGUCCUAAGUAUAAAACAGUGUAGUUGUGACGUAAUUAUCGAAAGGGUGUAUUAGCAGGUGAUGAGCUAACGAACUGUCUAGCUAACUUACAGGUUAGCUACAUGUAGCCACGCUAUAUUUGAAAAAAAACUCUUUGCAAAUCCCUUGAGGGAAUUUGCAAUGUUCCUGUCAGCUGUUGCAAUAUUCCAAUGCAAAAAAACUUCAUUUUAAAUUUUCCUAACUUCUUGUUUUAAUUUCCUGGCUUCCUGUUCUGUUCUGAGCGUUGUCAUUGGUGGAUUGUUUUUUAGCCAAUUGCAACGCGCAGAACAGAACCGAACAGAACAGAACAGAACAGAACAGAACAGAACAGAACAGAACAGAACAGAACAGAACAGAACAGAACAUGAAUUUAGGAACUUGUAACAGGAAGUCAAGAACUUCUAACAGGAACUGAGGAAAAUGUAAUCGGCUUUUAAGGUGGAGUAAUACGGGCAACAAAAUUGCUGCAACUUGCAACAAAAUCUGAUUUCAACGCAUGUUAAGUAAAAAUGUGGACACACGUUGCCUCGUGAUUUGUAAUUUAUGUGUAAACAUUUUCAAUUAACAUGCGUAGAAAUCAGAUUUUGUUGCAAGCUGCAGCAAUUUUGUUGCUCGUAUUACUCUAGCUUUAGGAACAUUUCAAAUUCCUUCCUUGACUUGGAAGGAAGUUUUUUUUAAAAAACUUCCUUCCAAGUCAAGGAAGGAAUUUGAAAUGUUCCUAAAGAAAAUAGGAAUUUGAAGGAAUUAGGAAUAGGAAUAGGAAUUUGAAGGAAUUUAAAAAUUGCAAAAGUAAUGAGAAAAAUUGCAAUCGAUUUAGAAACUCAAAAGAGGAACGCAACUGUCUGACUAAUGAAAUAACAAAUAUCCCAGCUAACAAACAAACAAACAAAGGACUCGCUACAGGUUGCCACCUGGCUCACUAACUCAUUAAUUAAUUAGCUGACUAACUAAAAAGUCUAUUUAAAUAACCAAUUAGCUAACGAGCAAAGAAGUUAACUAAGUGACCAAUUAGCUAACUUGCUAAGUUAAAAACUUACAAACUUGACUAGCCAACUAACUGAUUUUAAAGACACUACUAAUGAUAGGUAUUACUAAUGAUAUAGUUGGUAAGAGGUUGUUGUUUAUUUCUCCAGAUAGUCCAAGAAUUGAAGAUGAGAAAAUCGGUUAAGAAUAGCUCGUUGGAGGGGAUUGAAGGGAGACAGAGAGAUGCUGAGGUAAACAGAUGACUCGAGUUACCUGCAAAGAUAUUGCAGUUAUAAUGAUGAUUCCAGCUAAAGACUAUGUUUUGAUCUAGACAAGAAGAACGAAAUCUAUUCAUUAUAGCUUAAAAGAACAUCCUUAACUAGUAAAAUUGCCAAAUUUGGUCUAAAUUGAUAUUCGUUUUUCUAGACAUGCCUUCGUCGACAAAUAGUUUCGUGUCUUCUGCCCUUUUCUUGCUCUGAAAACUCAUUAAUGUCAACGAGAAUUGGUGACCUACUAAAGGAAGGACUAUCUCGUGGCAUAGAAGGUUUGUGUGACAGUAUUUUUGUUCAGCUCGGUGUAGUGCUGUAAAAAAACCCAAGUCCAACCUAACCUCAUCUGACGGCGAACAAAAUGCCUGCCAGCUAGGCCUGGUAUUUAUUGGUAUACUAGCAAAAUCUUUAGAAUAGUUUAGAAUGAGAAUGAUCAUUCCAGGCGCUUGUAAUUAUAGCAGCUAAUAUAUGUUGUACAAAUACAUCGAACACAUAAACUGCUUGAAACUUGCCAACUAUAGUUCUUUCUCAUAUAGUUCUCUGUCAAAGCUGCCCAUCAAUACUGAUUGAUUGUAAAGAAGCAAGUGAAAAAUUGAAAUUCAGGUAAAAUGAUUUGAAAUCUGUAACAGUAUUUGAAUACACAUCGAGCAUGGUGACAAACUGUCAUAGGGACCUGUUAAUUGUGCCAUUAACGGCAUUCUUGUUCCUUCGACUUUGGGAAAAUAAGUUAUGAUAGAUAUGUUUUCGCUCGCUACUAUAGCUUUAUAAAUAAAUGAAUGAAUGAAUGAAUGAAUUGAUGGAAAGCCUGGUUUAAUUGCUUUUACAACCUAACCAUUCGACAAUUCAACAUGUGACUUUUAAGGAUAAUGUGUGCUAUAAUUCUUUCAUAAUUUCUCAAGCAAAAAUCAUUUCAAUAGCAAAUCAUACGUUGCUGAAAUGUCGAACUGAAGCAGUUGACGUAGAGUCGACAGCAUUACAGGAUCAUUUUAUUCAAAACAUUAUUUUGCCGAGUUGUUUUUUUGCUAAUCCAUUGCUUGUUCAUUGUAUGUUUGCAUGGCGACAACAUAAUAUUUGUUUGGAUUCAUUUUUAUCGCAAAUUUCUUUGAUCGAAAGCCCAGAUCUUCAUCAGUACCAAUGAUAUAUUAAAUUGAUAUAUUUCCAUAAAAAUCGCUGUUUCUUGUUUGUUUUUUUCAUGUAGAAUCCGUAUGCUUGCAUUGAACGUAUUAAAACGAAGUGUAUGUCGUACAGGUUACACGAAUUCAGAUGACAUGAAGCACCUCAAGAUUGUUAUAAACUGUUAUAAAACGUUGUGGUUACAACGAGAGGAAGAGAGAAACCUACAAGAGGAGGAAGGCGAGAGUUUAUACAAAUUCAAAACGAAAACUUACUGCAGUGAUGAAGAAUCCGAAGAACAAAAAACCGAGAAAGAAAUAGAUGAAUUAUUUACAAAAUUUGACCAAGAGUACAAAGACCUUCACAUGGACAAAACACAGCGAGCCUCGAGGUCGGAGAAGAAACAACAAUCUAAUCAAAGCCAAGCCAAUUUCGAUACCAUUUUAGAAUCUGACAUGGCACAAUUUUGCAAGAUUUAUCAGUUUUUGGUUUCUUCAGUGCCAAAUGUAUCUCAAGUUCUUGCAACAUGGGAUAACGCAGAGUGGAAACAAGUAGAUAAAAGAUUGGAAGAUGUCAAAAUUGCUUUAGAAUCUUAUAGUAUUGCUUCGGAAGUCAUAAACCUUGCUGACCUAUGUGGUAAGUGGAUAUUCGACGAGGUGGUUUUAAUUUAAGCUCUGCUCAAAUGAAGACGAGAGUUGAGAUGGGGGAGUUUACAUGACUAAGAGUUUUCUCAACACUCAUCGCCCCGUCAAAUGAGAGUUGAUGUGAGAGUUGAUGACUGUUGACCGAAUAUUACCGGUCAAAUGAGCAAAAACUUUUAUCAACUGUCAUCAAAAAUUGAGCCAGGUCAAAGUUGAUAAGAUGAGAACGCAUGAGAGUUCAUCACGAAAGUUAAUCAGAGUUGGCAGCAGUGGUGUGGAACUGAAAUGAUCACAAAGGGGCGUGACAAGACCUGAGGGUGACCAGGCGUGAAGCAUCGCUAGAAAUCUUGGACAUUUGAAUCCCGAAAGAUCCCUUACGUCUAUGUCCCUUAUUACCCCUUUCGAUCCCUGAAAUUUAUUAUUCUAAAUAUAACUAAAAGCAUUAUUAAAAGGAUUACAAAAAGGAUUAUUACAAAAUGUAAUCAUACUAAAAGGAUUACAAAAUGUAAACAAACAAAAAACAGAAGAAAAGAGCUUUCGAAUGAUAUAUUUUGGGUCAUUUUUGCCUAAAAAAUCAUCGCCAAACCGCGACAUUAGAACCUGAUGAUCGUGUCUAAUAAACGAGCCUUCGAUUUUAUGCAAACUUGGAAUGAAGCAAAUACACAUUGACACCACAGAUUAAGAUAUACGAACAAUUGUUUCGGAUACUAAUAUCUGCAUAUUAUUUAAAUAUUACUGCACAUUUUUAAGUUGAUCGAUCAUUAAGCCGUAAUUUGACUUUGUAAAAUGUGGAUUAUUGUCGUUUUGAUAAAUUAGUUAGAAAUCCUGCCGCACAUUUAAUUGCGUUGUUUCCCAAUUUUAAGUAUCGUAAAUAAUCAUUAUAUUUUAUUAUUGGUUUUAAUUUUCUUUCUUAUUUCCUUGAUUAGUUCACGGAAUUUUGUUUCCACAAUGCACAAUUUUAAUUUAGUAUGAUUCUUAAAAGAUAUUUUAUGUUAAAAGUGGAUAACCAUCUACAUUCCUGAUAAAAUUUGAAAAUAAGAGUGAACAUGGGGCCUGGGGCGAGAAUGCCUGCUGUAUUCCGAAUGUCCGCGAUUUCUAGCGAUGGGUGCAACAUGAUAAACAUGGAAAGUUCCAUGCAGUAUUUAUUGAGCUCCCUGAGCUCCCCUCUUUUACACCUCUGGUUGGCAGUGAAGCGCUAGCGAGAGUUGGAACUCUCGUCAACUUGGACAACUCUUGUAUAGUUGGCCAAAUUUCGGCAUUAAUUGGAACAAUUUUAUUCGUUGCAUAAUGCUGGAUACUAAAUUGUAUAUAAAACAACAUGACAGUUUGUCAAUUGUUUAGGAAGGCUUUCUUUCGUGAGAGGAAUUUUGGAUUUAAAUUUGAGCAAAAUUUCAAUAACGCACGGCAUUCGAACUGCAAUUCUUGUAAAAAAGGCAACCUGCUUCUCCAAAGCUGCCCCGUGGCACUGGCGGUCCCUGCCCUUCAACUCUCUUAAACCCUCAUCCUCAUUUGACCGGCGCUUCCAUGCAACAAUUACCAUCAUUGCUUUUCAGAUGGUGAUUUACUGGAUGUGGACACAACGCCAAGUCAUCUUGUCAUGAGCUCAUUUUUAUCCAAGUUCUUAUCAUCAUGUCAGAGUGAAUCUGCUCUCAAGGUAUUGCGCCAUGUAUAUUACCAAGGAAUUUACCAAGGAUAGGAAAAAUAUUACUUCAAUGCAUGUCAAUGUAGUUUUUGAAAUUUACAUGCAGAAAUGCUGUAAACAGUUAUAUCACGUCUUUCAUUACAAUCUCACCAGUAGUAAACAGUGUGACCAGGAUUUUCCAGCGCCUAUUACUAAACUUUGUGUUCAAAAUUUACUAAAUCAAGAAAAUGAACCAAAUUAGGAAAUUAAUUUCGCCCCUACCCCAGUUUAAUAAAAUCCGUGGUUCCACUGUGAAGACUGGGGACAAAGUUGAUCAACAUAUUAAAAGUUUGAAUAAUAUUAGCUUAAUGCAGGUAAAUUUUUUCGUGAAUAAACAAUAGUGUUAUUAUGGCUUCUUACAAGCCAACUAGAUUGACUAGUUUAGCCUGAAAACCAAUAAUUUCAUUAUUAAAAGUUUUCCAAAAUUGACGAAAUUUUACCAAAAGUAAAGUAUUUUACCAAAUCUGGUCACACUGCCAAUAAAAUUAAACUUAUUUUUUAGGACCAGACAGAUGUAUGUUCAGCAAGUUUGUUAUUUGGCAGGAGGUAUGUCCGAAUUUUUUUUUAGUAAUAUAGAAGAGAGACGUCAAAAUUAAGGCAUGCAUAAAUUAAGUACAAAUUACUUGGCAAACUACAAAGUACAAAGGGUGUAACUACAUUCCUUGAUCUAUUCCGAAUUUAGCGGUCCGGUAUUUCUGCAGGAGGAAACAUACCAUAGUACCCGAAGACAACCUAAUGCAUGUGUUUGCUGAAGUCAAUAGUGUUUAAUGAAGUCAAACUGAUGUAAAAUUACCAUCAGACAUCUGAGAUUUCGGGAAACGAUGUGAAAGGCACAUGGAUUUGCUUUAGUUUAACUUCUUUAACUAUUCAUUUCCCCCUAAAAUAUCAGCCUUCCCCAUGCUUAAUUAAUGCCUUUUCCUAAUUUGCAUGUUGCUGACAUAAGCAAAUUAGGCAAAGGCAUUAAUUAAGCCAGACGUCUUGCAUAUACCUUCCUAUUGUGUGCAUGCAAAAGGCUGAUUUUUUAGGAUCGGCAAAAUUACAUGCCUAGCGAAUAUAAAUGCGAUCACGUGACAAAAAUAACAAAUCAGAUGGAUUUAAUCAAAAUUUAAGUAAUAAGUAACGCCAUCUUUGUAAAAAUCAAUACUUGAUAAUUUUUAGAAGUGAAGAAUACGAUAUAUACCACGACAGUAACUUGAAAGAAAUAAUUCAAGUCUUACCAAUUCUUACAAGUUUCAAAUCCAGACUACAGGAAUUGCUGGAGAAAUGGCCAGAACAUCCAACACUUGUUCAGGUAACAACAAACAAACAAACAAACAAACAAACAAACAAACAAACAAACAAACAAACAAACAAACAAACAAACAAACAAACAAACAAACAAACAAACAAACAAACAAACAUUUAGCACUGCAUGUAUAAAAAUAGAUUAGAUUUUGAUUCCUAUUAUGAACUAUUGCAAUUUUUCACUAGCACAAGUAUAAAAAGGGGUACGGUUAAAACAUUUUGAAUUGAUUCUUAUCUCUAAUUCUAUUCUGUAUUUUCAGUUGUGUCAAACCAUCGAUCGGAUUAUCUCUUUCCCAGUGACAAGUUCUGUAAUGAAAAUUCUCAACGGCUUAGAAAUUCUACUUAAAUAUUCACAGGUAGGGGAAAUAAAUCUAUGUCAUUGACUGGAGCCGUGGAAGUCCGGACUAUAAAAUAUUCAGUCAAGUUCUACUGAACGGUCCGAAAAAGCAAUUAUACAGGUCCCUAGCAGGAAUCGAACCUGUGCCCCUGCGAUUCCGGUGCAACGCUCUAAUAAAUGUAUAUAAAUUUCCACUCGAUAAUUUUCAUCUACAAGACCCUUCACAUAUUUAUAGUCUUUUUUACUGGACAAAGAGUUAUUUUUGUUUUUCUUUGCGAUCCAGCUUCUUUAAGAUCUGUGAGCGGUCCGUACUGCAGGUUACCGACAGUUCAGGAACCAAUGCAGAUGAACCGCCUUGCAGUAUAGGGAAGAUGUAUAUUGCAGAUAUCGGACUUGGUCGUACAUUUGAAAUGCACGCGGACUGACCACUGUGUAUGAGCAAUACCUCGUUGACAACUUUUAUGUAUUUGUUUUAGGAAUGGGAAAGCAAUGCAAGCAGACAUGUCUCAAUCAGUAUUUAUUUGGAUCAAAUCACUCAUAUGAUUAUCCGAUGGAGAAAAUUAGAGUUAAGGUUAGCUAAAUUACGUAUUUUGUUUUUAUUGUUGGUUUGUUAG